AUGAAGAAAAAAGGGAAAGCCGGUUAUGGAAAGGCUAAAGAAAAAGAGAGCGGCGAAGAUGAAAAGUCUGAAAAGGGAGAGAAAGCCGAUCAUUUAAAGGCUAAAAAAAAAGAGAGUGACAAUGAAGAAAGUGAGAACGACGAUGAUGAAAAAGCUAAAAAGAAAAAGAGAGUCAGUCGUGAAAAGGGUAAAAGAAACGAGAGUGACGAGGAUGAAAAAACUAAAAAGAAAGGGAAAGCCUAUCAUGGAAAUGCUAAAGAAAAAGAGACCGACGAAGAUGAAAAAUCUAAAAAGGGAGAGAAAGCCGAUCAUAAAAAGAAAACGGGUCAUGCAAAGGAUAAGGAAGAAGUGGGAGCCGGUCAUGUAAAGGACAAGGAAGAAGAGAACGGCGGUCAUGCAAAGGAUAAAAAAGAAGAGAAUGCCAAUCAUAAAGAGGCUAAACAUGAUCUACAAUUGCAUUAA